AUGUCAUACAACAAUGGUUAUAGACUAAAUGGAAGAGCUUGCAUGUUACGAGCGAUUUGCGAAGGCUCCGAAAAUCCUUUCACGCACGAAAACGGAAUCCUGGGCGAACUGAUGCACAUUAUACUGACUCCUUCGACGACAAACGAAGCCCUUAGCGAACAUUCGGACAACGAAUAUCUGAUGGCAGAAAAAAUCGGCAGGGAAGCUCAGAAGGACCACGAAAACGGACACGUUAUUGGCACUUCAAUUCAAGGAUUGAAAUUGACCACUGAAAAAGUUCAUCUUAUUGCUACUCAGGCGAUUUUCGGAGUAGGUCUACCAGUGGUUCUCAAAGACCAGUCCGUGACAGUCGGUUCGGUGAUGAAAGCAAAUUAUAAAUUGCAAUACCUGACGGACACUCCUGUGGGAAAUUUAUCCUAUCAUCAAUUGUUUGAUGACGAUAAUAGUCGUUCUGGUGAUGGAAUUUCCAAAAGAGAUGUCGAUGGUCGUGAAAAUAUGAGUUUGACGAGAUGGCACGUCUAUAGAAGUAUCGAGAUGCUGGUCAACAGUUAUGGUUUGCAAGGCAAAGAGUGCAUGUUACGAGCAAUUUGUGAAAAUGCAGAAAAUCCUUUCACCCACGAAAAUGGACUUUUAGGCGAAUUGAUGCACAUCAUACUUACUCCAUCAACUACUAAUGAAGCCGUCAACCAGCAUUCGGAUAAUGAAUACAUUUCUGCAGAAAAAAUCGGCAGGGAAGCUCAGAGGGAUUUCGAAUAUGGACAAGAAAGAUGUUCCAGAGUUUUCCACGAUUGUGCAAUGCCCUUGCUGCAGAUUUUUUCAAAUGCCGAAUAUUUAUGGAAAAACUCGAAAACAAGACAAUAUUAA